AUUUAUUUUUACAAAAAAAUUAUUUAUAAAACAGAGGUGUUUUUCUCUGAAAUUAACAAAAUGGGGGCGGUGGGUUGGACGGAUCUGUUUGGGUUGCCUUUUCUUCUCGUUCCAUUCUCCAUUGUCGCUCUUCUUACAUGGAUUUGGACCAGUGGAUCGCUAAGGUCAAGGAAGGCCAGCACCUUCUUGAAGACGAGCUUCAACUUCUUUGUGAAUUCGUAAAAGAGAUCCUCAUUGAGGAAUCUAAUGUGCAACCUGUCAACAGUCCUGUAACGGUUUGUGGUGAUAUUCACGGUCAGUUUCAUGACCUGAUGAAACUUUUUCAGACCGGAGGUCAUGUACCGGAGACAAAUUAUAUUUUCAUGGGUGAUUUUGUUGAUCGAGGUUAUAACAGUCUCGAAGUUUUUACGAUUCUUUUGCUUCUUAAAGCCAGAUAUCCGGCUAACAUCACACUAUUGCGAGGAAACCAUGAGAGUAGACAGCUUACACAGGUUUAUGGUUUUUAUGAUGAGUGCCAGAGAAAGUAUGGAAAUGCUAAUGCAUGGCGGUACUGUACAGAUGUUUUUGACUACUUGACACUCUCAGCAAUUAUAGAUGGAACCGUUCUCUGUGUCCAUGGAGGGCUCUCUCCUGAUGUUCGAACCAUAAAUCAGAUAAGGGUGAUUGAUAGAAAUUGUGAAAUUCCGCAUGAGGGGCCUUUUUGUGAUCUUAUGUGGAGUGAUCCAGAAGAUAUUGAAACAUGGGCAGUGAGUCCACGAGGAGCAGGUUGGCUUUUUGGUUCCAGGGUUACUUCUGAGUUCAAUCACAUUAAUAAACUUGAUUUGGUUUGCCGAGCACAUCAACUUGUACAAGAAGGUCUCAAGUAUAUGUUUCAGGAUAAAGGCCUUGUGACUGUAUGGUCUGCUCCAAAUUAUUGUUAUCGUUGUGGAAAUGUAGCUUCUAUAUUGAGCUUUAAUGAUAAUAUGGAAAGAGAGGUGAAGUUCUUCACUGAGACAGAGGAGAAUAAUCAGAUGAGAGGCCCAAGAACAGGAGUUCCAUAUUUCUUAUGAUAAAAGGGGGGGUUGAUUAUUGGCCAUAUUUGUGAAAGUAUCAAGCUAUCGUGAUCGGGCGACAAAAUCUCUUUAACAAGGAUAUCUUGAAUUUGUUGUUUGCAGGUAGAUCAUUGUUCUGCUUGGGUGGAUAUUUCCUCCUAGGCUGAUAAGAUAGAUACUUUGGGCUGUGAAUUACGUUGGCAGUAGGUAAUUUAUUUAUUCAGCAGUUUGCAUUCAGAGUAUGUUUCUUGUUGGGACCUCUUUAAAUUCAUUUGUGUAUUACUAAUGAAAAAAAAGGGAAAAACUCGGCCACAGUCACGCCUGUGCAUCAUACUGCCUGUUGAGCAUGAUUUGGUAUGUCAGAUUGGACAUUAAUCAGUGUAGAAAGUAUUUAUGGAUGAGAUUAAUCUGUUUGUGUUACUUCUGGAACACCAUAGUUUGUAUCUUGUUUGCCUCUAUGGCUUCCUUUCUC